GAAUUGAAAACUAAAGAAAAAUGAGAGUGAAUGAAGUGAUUAAAAUAGAUAUUAAUAAAACUAAAUAAAUAACCAUCAAACGCAGUCUUUCGGAAAUUUGUGAUAAAAUAUUUGUGUUUUUAUGUUUUGUGUUUUUGCUUUUAAUGUUUAUAUCAGAAGUUUAAAAAGUUAACAGUUAUUCUCAAUUUAUGUAGUACGUGUUGAUAAAGUUAUUUGUUGAACUAGCGCAGUGAGCUUUUUUCGACGCGUGCGGCAUGAGAAGCAACGGGAUGCGAUAUCAAACUUGAUUCGCACCGAUAGAGUACAAGCAAUCGCGUGCUCAAAACGUGUAUGUUGAAGAUUAAAACUUUAUUGCGGACGAAGUUUUUUAAUUCCAUUCCCAAAUUUAUACAGUCAUGACUGAAGAGCCUAAUGUACAUUUCUGAUUAAAAAAAAAACUGAAAACGGCAGAAAAUUGAUUAUAUGGGAAAAAUCUGAUUUGUGUUCGCAGAACACAAUUUUCUACUUUUCAUCCACGCAACGGAAAAGUUAAUAUCUGCUUCAACAAGGACGCCUCCGCACUUACACACGUAUAACCAGAAGCAAAACAAAAACAAAAAAUGACAUCAAAUACCGCUUUAUUGAGCGCGGCAGCACACGCGAUGCUCUCUUCCGACCUGUUGCCCAAUGUGAAUCUCUCUAAUUGGGAGAAGCUGGUAACCGAUGACGAGUUUCGAGAUUUUAUGAAACUAGUAGAGAAGUACAAGUAUCCCAAUCAUACGCAGGAGACGACUCUACCUAAAUGCCAUGACUAUUGUACUGGUGAAUUGUAUCAGAUGUUGCGCACCUACAACGGCGUGCAUGGAUAUGUGGCGUUGCUGAUCUGCAUAUUCGGCACAAUUGCGAACAUCCUCAACAUAAUCGUACUAACCAAAAAGGAUAUGGCCAAAGCACCAAUUAAUAAAAUACUCAAAUGGCUGGCUAUAGCGGAUAUGUUCGUGAUGAUCGAGUACAUACCGUUCGUUUCUUAUCAGUAUAUCUACAUGAAACCAGGCGAGGAGGAUUUCAGCUAUGCCUGGGCGGUUUUCGUCCUUUUUCACAUGCACUUUACACAAAUUCUGCACACGAUAUCCAUCGGACUGACGGUGACUUUGGCAAUAUGGCGUUACGUGGCCAUAAGACAUCCACAUGGACGUUUUGCGGCCUUUCUGCUGUCACAUUGCACCGAGGCGAUUAUAUUCUCCUUCAUUGUGUCACCGAUUGUCUGCUUUCCGACACUCUUUGUAUUCAAGGUGCGCGAGAGUUAUGUGGAGGACAGCCAGGAGCCGUUGUAUCACGUCUACGCGGACAAGGAUACGCAAUUGUACAGAAUCAACUUUUGGAUUCACUCGGUAAUUAUUAAAUUGUUGCCCUGCUGUAUACUAACCGUUAUCAGCUUCAUAUUAGUACGAGUGCUAUGUGAGGCGUCGAAGCGAAAGCAAAAGCUGAAGGACUACAAUAAUCCCAAUAAAACUGGUAGCGCCAAUGGAGGUACCAGCUGUGCCGGGGAAGUACCUUUAACGGAGCAGCGGCACUCACAACGUCCUCCAAAAUGUGAUCGUCGCACCGAUCGCACCACCAUGCUGCUGGUCGCCGUACUCAUACUCUUUCUGGUCACCGAAUUCCCACAAGGCAUACUGGGUUUAUUGUCGGGUGUGUUGGAGAAAUGUUUCUUCUUUGUUUGCUAUCCACCAUUCGGUGAAAUGAUGGAUCUGCUGGCGCUUAUCAAUGCCGCUGUCGGCUUCGUACUCUACGGUCUGAUGUCAAAACAAUUCCGUACAACAUUCAAAUCGUUGUUUUUCAAAAAGAAUUUCGGCAGCAUGGAAAUGACACGAUUAACGCGGGUAACCACGACGUGUGUUUGACUCCGGUGUGGAGGGUCACCUUAACUGCUUUAAAUGCUGCAAAUGCUGCAAGGACUGUGUUGAAUGUUAAGCGGCUUAUUACAUACAUGGUAUGGUUUAAAAAUAGUCGGCUUUGUCGAUAACGGACUCUAAUGCGUGGCCGGAAAAAGCAUAUAUAAGUGCAUAUGUAUUCGUAUGUGUGUGCGUAUGCUUCUUUGUAUAUAUGUAUGUAUAUAUCUCAGCAAGAUCAUGUAUUAUAUACUUAGAGCGCGUUAGUCGUUACAUAAAAAUUCGUAAUUUUAGUUCGCAACGAAUUUACAGUUAUAUGCAAUAUUAUAUGCAUAUGUAUUUAUUUACACACAUACAUAUGUUAUAUAUUGCAUAACAGUAGCAGUUUAAAUUGUUAGCGUAGUGCUCAGCCUUUUUGUAUUUAUGUAUGUCUUACAGAAAUUAGCUAGAGUCAAGGUGUUCCUCCUGUUGGCACAACAUGUUAAUUCAACAGUUAGUUAAUUAUGUACAUAUAUAUGUACAGCUUAAUUGUGUGUAAUAUACUUGUGUGUCUUGUAUGUCAGUGUGAGUGGUGGUUAAUGGGGCACUUUAUUCGCUCGAUAAUUGAGACUGUCUGCUAAUGGUUGAUGAAAGUUCAAUGUCUUUUUAUAUUUUAGCUUGUUAAGUUUUAUAGUGAAUUAAGCUAGAUUUUUUAGGGAUCCACUAUAUUAAUAUUACUAAAUAAGAAGACCUAAGUGUUAAUGUACUGCUUUUUACCAGAAAUUCAUACAAAAAUAUAAAGUAUUAUGAAAAUAAAUAAAUAAAUAAGUAAAGUUUGAAUUAAACAUUUUGCCAAGCACAGCGUUUAAAACACACAAAAUAACUGUUAAUUAAGAUUUAUGAACUAAAUAGAUAUACCUAUAUGUGCAUAUAUUAUAUUAGGGUGUCCGUUAUUUCCAAAAGUUAACUUUUUUUUAUGCAAACGCCUCGUGAAAUUUCAGUUUUUAAGCUAAAAACAGGAUCCAAUAUAAAAAAAAUAUUUAUUUUCAAAACAAAAGGUACCUAAAUCAUUUUACUUUUCCCACAUAUUCAACAUGGAAUGUUUUGGAUAUUUUUCAUUAGGCAAGUAAUUCUACAAAUUUAAAACAGUAAUAUUCUAAUACAAGAGUAUAUGCGCUACAAACAAAGUCUUAAUGAUUUUUCCAUAAAAACAUUCCUUUAAGAGGUAUACGCAGUCAAACUAAUACGUCAAAUAUACUUGUACUUGGCAAUCAAACAAGUGAUUUAUACAUGCUGUGUUGCUCAUACGACAUGGUGUACAUGGUUUAAAUUGAAAAUAAAGCGCUUGUUUGCGUUAAAUCGUUAUUUUAAGGACCAAAACUGAAACUUGCGGGCGCGUUUCCAAAAAAAAAAUAAUUAACUUUGGAUAUUAUAUAACAUAUUAGUAUAAGCUUUGAGCUAGUGAGAUUCAUCAAAACGAAGUGCCAUUCAUUCAAAAAUGAGAAAACAAAAAUCAUAUUUGUAUAAUUAUUUGUAAGCUACUUACGUAUUAUAUAUUAUAUAUGUAUAUGUAUAUUAACUUAUUAAAUUAUUAAAAAAAAAAGAUAAGCUCAAAUAAUUUAACGAAAAACUAUAAACGUUAAAAAUAUUAAUAUGAGUAAGAAAUUAUAAUAAUCAAUUAAUAUACAAAUAUAUACAAUAGUUUAAAGAGAAUUGUACAAAAAUACAUUAAAUGUAUAUUAACAUAUUAAGUACUAUUAACGAGCUGCUAAAUUAUAAAAAAAAAAGAUUCAGUUUGUAAUAAUAGCCGUCAAUACAUAGCACGUAUACGCAGCUCUGUGCUUCAAAGCUUAUAAAUAAUCCAAAUUUAAAUCUAAAAAACUAACAAAACAUCAAUUCAAUAACAUUACGAUUACAUACAUACAAAGAGAUUACAUAAUUGAUUAAAUAUUUUCAUGUAUAAAAAAUAAUAAUAAUAUUAGCAAGAAGAAAUGAACCAAAAAUUAAAAAAUAGUAAUUAAUAUAUUAUAUAAAUUAUGGUUAAACAAAAAAAUUUUAAAAACUUCAACAAAAUAAAUUUUAAUAUAUACAUUUUUUUUGGUUGUGUUACCACAUUUUUGUGCAAUCCAAAGCCAAAAAUAUAAAAUGAACAUUUUAUUUUACAAAGUUCUCUAUAUAUUAAAAUUUUUUAAUAUGAAAAUACUUAUAGAAAAUGUGUCAGGACAGGGGGUUUCUUUAAUACUUUUCACCAAAAGUAAUUGAGGUCACUAUCGCUGAAAACUCAUAACUGUCGCAGAUUAUUUCUAAAUAAACAUUUGGGGUAUUUCAUUAGUUCCUAUAGUGAAAAAAACUAUUUAAUUUUUACACUUAAAUGAUUGAAAAAUAUACAACAAAAAAUAUAUACAAUAUACAAAUAAAAUAAUUAGUUUUUACUAAAAUUUAUUCUUUUAUAAAAAAAUUCAUCCAAGAGAGUGUUAACUCACACUACCUCUGUGCAACCAUCAUGAGCUGAGUUAAUAUUCACAAUUCUUAUAAACAUUUAGUAAAUUUAGUACUUGAAAUUAUGCGCUAAAGAGCUAGUAUUAGCGGAACCCGAUAUUGUUAGAUUCAAAGGAAUUGAAAAGAUGAAAGAAAAACCGUUGUGCAGUUAACUUGUAUGGCUUGUCUUCGAAAAAAGUCUAUCAUAAAAUAUAAAAUAAUAAUAAUUUCCAAAUUCUUUAAAUAAAAUUAUCUAAAUUUGUGCGAAGAGUUAUUACCAAACAAUUACGACUCUUUAUGGAUUUAUUUCAGCGGUUGUACCCACUUGCAAGUCAGAAAAAACGCGUUUGGUUGAAAUUUUUUUUGUUUUGUAGAGUAAUAAAUAAUUAAAGAAAAUGUACAUUUACGGAAUUUAACGUACUUUAAUAAUCUGCGAUUAAUUCUGAAUAACUUUAGUUUUCUUGGAUUCCGCCACCGAUCUCCAGGAGGACCUCUAAAAAAAUGUAGCUGGCGGUGAGGAAGAUUUUACUGCUUAAAAUUAUCUCAAAUACAAAAACCAAAACAAAUUAUUGUUACUACAGACGAGUCAAAAAUUUGAUGAAAUAGCGUCUACAAAAAAAAAAUGUACACUACAGAGUGGCUAAAAAAACGAAAUGUUUAUUAAAAAUUUUACUCCUUCAAUCAUUAUCUGACAAAUAUAUCUACCAUAAGAUGGUCAUGUGAGGAUUUCAAGUCGAUCAGUCCAGCCUUUCGUAGAAAUCACCGACUCUAAAAACUGCAUUUCGAGAAAAGGCAUUUAUAAAUAUGCUCAUAUUUCCAAAACUGUUCGCACAGUAUUUUCAAAUAUAUGAACAAUAUAUGUAUGCAAUAAAAAUCGAUUUUUUGAAAUGCACAAGUUGAUAUACAGCUCCUUAAGACGAAGCCACACUUAUGUUAAGGCAGAAAAAUGGUCGCUAUUCUAUACAUCUUGUAUUACAAAAAUGCAUUGAAGCAUGCAAUUUGAAAGAGUAUUGGGAAAAUUAUAACGUAACCUCGUUAAUAGUAGCAGAUACUAUGAAAGCUGCUCCAGUUCUGCGAGUUUAACUGGGUGUAGAAUAGUUAGCCGCAGCUAAGAAGAUAUAACAUUACAAGUGUUCUUCUAAUACGAAAAUCGGUUUGUAUUGUGGUAGCUGCAGCUCUUUACAAUAAUGUUUGCGAUAUCCGCUAAUAUCCGCACUAAAACUUCAAGUCAAACUACGAAAACAUAUUUUAAUUAAAAGGUAAUCGUAACUUAUUGAAUUUUUGGUUUGAGGUAGUGUUUUAACAGAGCACUUCAGCAGUAUCCAAGCAGACAACGAUCAUUUUAAGCGCGAUAAUAAGUAAUGUAUAUAUGUAUAAAGCAUAUAAUUGCCAAUGCAUAGUUAUCAGCAUCUGAAUGUUUGUUAUGAAAUAACACUUAAAAAGUCUAAUUAAAAUGGUUAAGCAUUCUGAUGAUAUACCUAGGUAUAAACAAAAAACAUCCAGCGCAACAUACGUCUUCUAAUUGAGCCCUAUAGAAGUGUAUUUUGCAGUUGGAUAUUCAGUAAACACUUAGAUUACACUUAAGUACCUAAAAUAAAUCUUAAAAUGAGACUAAAUAUAUGUAUGUACGUACACAUUAUAACCAAUUCACGAAAAUUUGACUGCAGGAGUGUAUAUACUUAUAGGUGUAUGAAUGUGCCACGCAGUCACUUCCAAUUUAUUAGAUACAACAAAAACAAAUAAUGUUAAUAGCUGUCCUUGUUGUAUUUGUAAGUAAAUAAUAAUAAUUGUCAAUGGUUGUGGCAGAAUAUUUAUUUUGAAACACAAAAUCUUGUUCAAUUGGUAAUUAGCGCCUAUUAGUGAGUAUUUCGGUUUCAAAACAAAUUUAUUUAUAUCAUUAAGUUAAAAAGGUAAAAAUAUAAAUUAAUAUUAAAGUAAUCGAAUAACACUAUUUAUAUUGCAUAUUGGCAGACAUAUUUUUCUAAUAAAAAUUUAUUAAAAAUUUAAUAAUAAAAUUAAUUUAAAUAAUGCGGAGCUGUCGAAUUGUGCUUAUUAAUAGUAAUGCUUAGCGAUAAGUACAACUUAUUUAAGAUAAAUAAUUACCAUUAUUAUCACUUAUUUAUUUUCAACAAAUUAUUAUCAUCAAAAAUAAGCAUAUUUGGAACUAUUAGAAGUAAAAUAGCGAUAAUCAAAAACUAUAGAAUUUCGAAAAAUUAUGAUUAUUUUUUUAUUACUUUCAAUUACAAUAGAUUAUUAAUUAUAUGUAAUUAAUAAUUUUGAUUGUUGAACUAAAAAUAUCUUUUAGAUUAUUAACCGUAACAUAAAAUUCACACCUGUGAAUUGAAGUAAUCAAAAAGAGUAAUGGAAAAAUAUGUUAAUUAAAUUAUUUUCGUGUGAUCUAUUUAUGACAUUUUUUUGUCUCAUUUCUAAUGUUUAACUGAAGUAAUCUUUUAAAUUAUCAAUCGAAAUUUAAAUUUAAUAGCUCAUAAAUAAUAAUUUGUAUAUAAAAGUAUGUAGGUAAGUGAAAAAGUAAAAGUAUAAAGCAGCCACAUAAUGCAUUUGUGUAUAUUUUGUAUGAUAAAAAAUACUAAUCGUGAUUAAAAUGUUGAAAAAAUUAAUGUUUGAAAAUAAAAUUAUAUUACGACUAUGCAUAGAAUUACA